UCUUCCUUUUGCGUCACCGGAGACUGAUAUCCAUUUUUUCCGUCGAAGAACACAGUCACAAUCACAAGAUAUGUCCUCCUCGCAGCCAAACGAUUUUGUCGAAGAUGAUACCAGUACUGCACUGGAUGCUUCCUUGCUCGUCACUAGCAAGUACGGUCGGCUAUGGCGUCGGAGCUUGUACAUUCGAAUCUUCAUAUCUCGCAAGCGAACGACCACAACUACUACUGCCACACGCGAAUCUGAACAAUUAUCUCAGUACACGUCAUUACCCCCGUCCCCAUCACUUCCCACGAGAACUUCCUCGGCUAAAUCUUCUUGUGCGAUUGAUGUUCCCUCUGAUAACGAAGAGGAGGAUAUUUUGCGUUUGGAACAGCGCAUCAAAAGCGAUAUUGCUGGUAUCGUGAAGCGCAAGGAUUUGGACUCGCUUCGUGAGCUCGGGGGAGUCGACCGUGUUCGUUCAGUUCUUAGUCGUCGUCAAUCAGAGGAGAGCAAUAUUAAUAAUGGGAACCAUCAAGUGUUGGAGGCCACUAACCAAGGUCAUGGACUGAGCCUCUCGUGCUGUUUUGUCAAUAGUUGCAGACGCAAUAGUUACACAAUUUCAUUACUCAUGAUCUCAGCUCUGUUGUCCUUGGCCAUAGAGAUCAAGCUGGAAGGACCUAAAUAUGGUUGGCAUGAUACUGCAGCUGUACUUGUUGCGAUAAUCAUGAUUAUCUCUUUCUCUUCUGUGCAAAGCUUUUGGCGUGAAAGAAAGAUGCUAAAAUUGUCACAGAAGAAAUGCAAGUUGAAAUUUACUGUUGUUAGAGGCGGAACUCUCCAAACGGUGGACAUAUCAGAUAUUAUGGUUGGUGAUACAGUGUGUCUUAAGAUGGGUGACGAGGUUCCAGCUGAUGGUUUGCUUCUAAAUAAUGAAAACUCUGUGCUGGAUGAGACACAGGAUCCAUUUCUCUUGUUUGGUUCAAAAAUAUCUUUUGAGGGUGAAACUUCGAUGCUUGUAACAUCAGUUGGAAACAGAAUAUCAGUUGAGAUGCAGAAUUCGGCAGCAAAUAAUCCUGAAAAGAUUAUGCUGUUGGAAAGUCGAAUUGAGAAGCCGAUUUCUUUCAUUCACAAAGUUGCCCUUCUUAUCUCUGUGUUGGUUAUGCUUGUGGUGCUCAUUCGCCUGCUUCGCAAGAAAAAUGGGGACAACAGUGGGUUACCAGAAAUGAAGGGUAAGGUUUCAGUUGACUUCCUGAUAAAAUUGAUGGAGAGAAUUUUCUUGAAACCCCAAGGAAAAGUUUCCAUUUUAACUAGCCUUAUAACUGUUGCAAUAAUAAGUAUGCAACAUGGGGUGCCACUUAUGGUUACGAUUUCUCUGAAAUACCAAAUGGACAAGGUGGUAUCAAACCAAGUUGCAGAUCUUCAUGAUUUAUCGUCUUGUGCAACAAUGGGACUGGUUACAGUCAUCUGUGUUGAUGCAUCUGGUGGGCUAAUGUCUAAACCGAUGGAGGUUAGUAGAAUUCGGAUUGGGGAGAGAGAUAUCAGCAAUGAUAUGACAUCAGAAAUUAAUGAAGUUGUGCUCGACAAACUUAAGCAAGGAGCCAGCGUAUCUGUUCUUGCCCCGGAGUUUAUUCUUUCUCCAGUGUCCAAUUCACUUAUUUCUUGGGCAGAAACCACUUGGGGCGUGAACAGAGAAUCUUUUGGUGAGAACCUUACCAUUCUUCAGCAUAGCAAACAAAAUGCUCAGGGAAAGGGAAAUGGAGUUUUGGUGAGAAAAGUUGGAGACCAUGAAAAAGAUCUGCACUCGCACUGGAGUGGAGCAGCGUCUACAAUACUGGAAAUGUGUUCACACUAUUAUGAUAGUAAUGGCGAAUACCAUGGCAUAACAAAUCAGAAAAUCAAAUUUGGGGAAGUCAUUAAAGAAAUGGAGGAUAGCGGCCUUGAGCCUAUUGCACUUGCUUAUCAAAAGACUGAGGCUCAGGAACUUCAACGAGAUGGUCUAAUCUUGCUAGCUCUGGUGGGUCUCAAACGCUCAUUCUUUGAAGAGACAAGAUCAGCCUUGACAGACCUAAAAAAUGAAAGAAUCAAGAUCAAAUUAGUGUCAGGGCAUGACAUUGUGGCAGUGAAAGCCUUAGCUUGUGAACUAGGAAUAGAAGUUCCCGCUGAAGAUGGUUUUAUUCUUCAAGGAAAAGAAAUUCAAGAUUUAAAUGGCCCAGCCAGGUCAAAGAAGUUGGAUGAAGCACUGGUAAUGGGAGGUUUCCUUCCUGAUCACAAGGUUCUCAUGAUUAGGUGUUUGCAAGAUGAGGGUGACGUGGUUGCAUUCUUUGGAGGAUUGACAUUAAAUGACCCUGCAGUUCGAGAGGCAGCUGAUAUAGUGAUCGAUGCUAAGUCUCAGAACCUGAAAUCUGAUAUGGAGAGUUCAAAUGUAUCUAUUGAAUGUUUCAGUGCAAUAACUACAAUUGUGAGGGCUGGGAGAUGUCAAUAUCACAACAUUCAAAAGUUCAUUCAAUUUCAGCUCACAACUAACUUAUCUGGGUUAUUCAUAACCUUGAUUACAACAAUGUGCACCGGACAGUCUCCCCUAACGGCCAUCCAGUUGAUUUGGGUGAACUCGAUAGUGUGCAUUUUGGGAGGCCUAAUGAUGUUAAUGAAUUUAGACAUCAGGGAAGAUCAGCAUGCUAACCAACCAAAUAACCGGAAGCAGUCACUUAUAACCCAAGAAAUCUGGAAAGACAUAGCCAUUGAUGUCUUGCUGCGGGCUUCUGUUUCUAUGAUAUUUCUUUUUGGAGGACAAGUUACAGACAGCACAAAACAAGUUAGGAAGACUAUGAUCUUCAACAUAUUCAUGUUAUGUCAGGUCUUCAAGCAGCUCAACUUCUUGGGCCUAGCAAUGAAGAAGGGAGUUUUCAAGAUGGUUCCUCUGAGCUACUGUUUCUUGGUCGCAUUAGGGGUUUGCCUGGUUAUGCAGGUUCUGGUGAUUCAAUUUGCAAAUAGCCUAGCAGAUUGCAUGAGCCUGAAUGCAACUCAAUGGGUUAUCUGUUUCUUGGUUAGUUCUCUUUCAUGGGUAAUUGAGUGGCCACUGAAGAAGAUUCUUACUUGGAUAUUUCAUCAUUUUUAUCCCUAGUAUUCACCCACAAAUGUUAGAUAUAUGUGCAGUAUUGACCAUAGGUCAGAGCUCAAACAUUUCAAUGGCCUAUCCAAAUGCUAAUUGGAUAUUUCAUUAUUUUCAUCUCUGUGCCAUAUUACUGUAAUAUUCACCGAUCUUUGUAUAAUAUGUGUAUUAUUGACCAUAGAAACCAAACAUUUCGCUAGUGGCAUAUUUAAUCAAUGCAGAUAUUACUGGUAUU